AUGUUCGCAACCUUGGGACGGGCCAUGCUCGAGUGUGGCGAACCCACAGGCUCAAUAUGCCUGAUGGAGCACGAAUAUAAUAUGGGUGCUGUCUGGGCGUGUCUGCUUGCUGGUUAUCUUCCCUGCUUACAGCCUGCACCUAGCGCCCAACAGGCGCACAAGGAGGGCUAUGCCGCGCAUAUCAAACAAUUGUUUGAGUCGCCAGGCCCUACGGAAUAUCUGUGUGAAGAUGAUCACCCUGCCACCUCACUUUGUCGUUUACAUCCCUGCGAACCUGAUGAAGAAGACUGCUGUCGGAAAACUAUGUCCGUUUCCUUCGUCGUCCCGUCCAUCGAGACGGAAAAAUUACUCAUUAAGAUAUGUGCCAGCAUCUUCAACCUGGUAAAAAGCGAGGCGUCGGUGAGCGACAACUUCUUCGAGAUCGGCGGUACUUCUCUCGAUGCUAUCUGGCUCAAGUGCGAAGGAGAGAAACACUUCGACUUGCCUGACAUCCCUACCAUUCAAAUUCUGAAGCACCUCGACACCACUAUCGUUCCCCUUCCAGCGACCGGAUAUAACACGCUGAUAUUCUUCGUUUACCCUGGUGUUGCAGAGGUCCUCAUUUUCGUCAAUCUUGCCAAAUACUUCCAGAAUGAGCGUCCCUUCUAUGCCUUUCGUGCUCGUGGCUUCGGUUCCGGCCACCCGCCCUUCACCUCCAUGGACGAGAUGAUUUCCUACUAUGUCGCAGCGGCCAAGAGGAUUCAGGCGACGGUACUAUACGCUAUCGCGGGCUACAGUUAUGGUGUUGUUGUCGCAUUUGAAAUUGCCAAGCAGCUCGAGGCCAUGGGCGAAGAAGUGAGAUGCUUCGCUCCCAUUAAUAUCCCUCCUAAUAUCUCCGACCGCAUGCGUGGACUCGAUUGGACGGCCGCCUCACUCAACUUAUCGGCCUUCCUUGGUUGA